CUCUCUCUGUCUCCUCCUUCAGUGGCGUCCUUUCAAAACAGACAAGAUGGCGGCGCUUCGGGUGUGUGGAGCGAGGGCAGCGGCGGCGGCGGCCCUCCUGAGGUCUCCCCGCGCCCCCCAGCAGGCUCCCCUGGCCGUGGGGUACCACGAGAAGGUUGUCGAUCAUUACGAGAAUCCGAGGAAUGUCGGCUCUCUGGACAAGGGCGCCAAGAACGUGGGGACAGGCCUGGUGGGCGCCCCAGCCUGCGGGGACGUCAUGAAGCUGCAGGUUCAAGUGGAUGAAAACGGCAAGAUCAUUGACGCCCGGUUUAAAACAUUCGGCUGCGGGUCGGCCAUUGCUUCGAGUUCCUUGGCGACCGAGUGGGUGAAGGGGAAGACGGUUGACGAAGCCUUGAAGAUCAAGAACACUGACAUUGCUAAAGAACUCUGCCUUCCUCCCGUCAAACUGCACUGUUCCAUGCUGGCAGAAGAUGCCAUCAAGGCCGCCUUGGCUGAUUACAAGCUGAAACAGGGGACAGGGAGUCCCGAGCCGGACAAGAAGGCAGCCAGCGCAUAGAAGCCCUUCGUUCCGAAUCCCCCCAAACCUCCCCUUUCCGCUCCUUCAUCUAAGUGUGUGACUCCCGAUGCAGCCGAGAGCCGAUACAUCGCCUUAGUGCAUUUUGGGAAGAUGCACGUCUCAUACGCACAACUUCGGACGCUGUUCCAACCUCCACCACCAACUUGGCUGUUAUUACAAGGUCACCUUCAGGUUUUUCGGCCACGGUCUUUUCUCUGUUCCCUGUUUGUGUAAAGGUGGGGGGAAAAGCUGUCUCAUGAUUUUAGCGUGAGGAUUUCUCUGUAAUCUGCGGCCUAUUCAUUUCACGCCUCCAGCCUGCAUAUUUGGGUAAGGGGUUCCAAAUGUUUGCCAGGAGCGGCACCCGCCACCGCUCAACAGAAGGUCUUUCGGUUUUAAAGAAGAGGUGGGGAUGUGUUGUUGUUUAAAACACAUCCCUUUCUUGGAAAACACAUGGCACUUGGGAGGCAAAAGUCAGAUAAAGCAGACCAGCAGCAGCCUUGACGGAGGGCUGUGUUUUCUCCCACUGGGGCUACGCAGAGGCCAGUCUGUGCCAGAGGGGCACAAUUGCCUCACUUUAAAACACAUGCCUCUCCCUCUCCUUAUUUGUCUUUGUUUGGGUUUCAAGGAAAGGAAGGUGUCUUGCCAGUUCGGGACUGCGGCGUGCACUAGCUUCAGAUUUAUUUUAUGUACAAUAUGUGCUCUGUAAACAUAUGCAAAGAUAAUAUAUGGCUCGUGGGAUCCUGCAUAACAGACGGUGUUUUCAUUUC